GAAGACACGAGGGUCCUGCUGAAAUAUCUCCGAGAAAUGGAAGAAUGUGUCUCGAGAGAGUCACAGUCUCACAGAGGCGCACCGCGCAGCCAAAUGAAUUCGCUUCAAUGCGGACAGAAUUAGCAACCACCUCGUUUCAUUUAUUUACUGCUCUCGUCGGUGACUCAUCAGUCUCACUGUUCGCUCUCGGUCCAGGCGUGGAAGCGUUCAUAAGCUGGAAGCGGAGCUCUCCAGGCUCGCUCUACUCUCACUUGUCACCCUCGCCUCUUCGCCAUGGAUCCUCGCGGCGCGAGAUGGACGGCUCCGUCGCUGCGCCUGGCGCUCGUGCUUCUCCAAGCGAGCAUCUCUGCGUGCGCGGGAGCCUCCCAAACUUACAUUGUUCAGAUGGCCGCGUCGGAGAAGCCGAGCGCCUUCGAUUUUCACCACGAGUGGUACGCCUCGACGGUGAAGUCCGUGAGCUCUGCGCAGGUUGAAGCUGAGCAGCAGGAGGAGGAUGGUUACGCGAGGAUCGUCUACAACUACGAGACGGCCUUCCAUGGCUUCGCGGCGCGGCUCGACGAGGACGAGGCCGAGCGGAUGGCCGAGGCGGCCGGCGUGCUGGCCGUGCUCCCGGAGACGGUCCUGCAGCUGCACACCACCAGGAGCCCCGACUUCCUGGGCAUUGGCCCGGAGGUGAGCAACAGAAUCUGGGCCGCCGGCCUCGCCGACCACGACGUCGUCGUCGGCGUGCUCGACACCGGCAUAUGGCCCGAGAGCCCCAGCUUCAGCGACAAGGGCCUCGGCCCCGUGCCGGCCAGGUGGAAAGGCCUGUGCCAGACCGGCCGCGGCUUCACCACGGCCGACUGCAACCGCAAGAUCAUCGGCGCCCGCAUCUUCUACAACGGCUACGAGGCCUCCUCGGGCCCCAUCAACGAGACCACCGAGCUCAAGUCCCCGCGCGACCAGGACGGCCACGGCACGCACACCGCCGCCACCGCCGCGGGCUCGCCCGUGCCGGACGCCGGCCUCUUCGGCUACGCGCGCGGCGUCGCCCGCGGCAUGGCGCCCCGCGCACGCGUCGCGGCCUACAAGGUGUGCUGGACCGGCGGCUGCUUCAGCUCCGACAUCCUCGCGGCCGUCGACCGCGCCGUGUCGGACGGCGUCGACGUGCUCUCCAUCUCCCUCGGCGGCGGCGCCUCCCCCUACUACCGCGACAGCCUGUCCAUCGCGUCGUUUGGGGCCAUGCAGAUGGGCGUCUUCAUCGCCUGCUCGGCCGGCAACGCCGGCCCGGACCCGAUAAGCCUCACCAACAUGUCGCCGUGGAUCACCACGGUGGGCGCGAGCACCAUGGACCGUGACUUCCCGGCCACGGUGACGCUCGGCAACGGCGCCAACAUCACCGGCGUGUCGCUCUACAAGGGCAGGCAGAACCUUUCGCCUCGGCAGCAGUACCCGGUGGUCUACAUGGGCGGCAACUCGAGCGUCCCGAACCCCAGGUCCAUGUGCCUCGAGGGGACACUGGAGCCCAACGCCGUCACCGGAAAGAUCGUGAUAUGCGACCGCGGCAUCAGCCCUCGGGUGCAGAAGGGCCAGGUUGUCAAGGAAGCGGGUGGCAUCGGCAUGAUCCUCGCCAACACCGCGGCCAACGGCGAGGAGCUCGUCGCCGACAGCCACCUCCUGCCAGCCGUGGCCGUUGGGGAAUCUGAAGGCGUGGCGGCAAAGAAGUACACCAGGACGGCCCCAAAGCCGACGGCGACACUCAGCUUCGCCGGAACCAAGCUCGGGAUCCGGCCGUCGCCGGUGGUCGCCGCGUUCUCCUCCCGGGGCCCAAACUACCUGACUCUGGAGAUCCUCAAGCCGGACCUCAUCGCGCCCGGCGUGAACAUCCUGGCCGCAUGGAGCGGCGACGCCAGCCCGUCGAGCCUGGCCAGCGACCGCCGCCGCGUCGGGUUCAACAUCCUGUCGGGGACGUCCAUGUCGUGCCCGCACGUCGCCGGCGUGGCCGCGCUGCUCAAGGCAAGCCACCCGGACUGGAGCCCUGCGCAGAUCAAGUCGGCGCUCAUGACCACCGCCUACGUCCACGACAACACCUACCACGUGCUGAAGGACGCGGCGACCGGCGAGGCGUCCACGCCAUUCGAGCACGGCGCCGGCCACAUACACCCGGUGCGAGCGCUCAGCCCAGGCCUGGUCUACGACAUUGGGCAGAACGAGUACCUCGAGUUCCUCUGCACGCAGAACCUGACGCCGACGCAGCUCAAGGGCUUCACCAAGAACUCCAACAUGACAUGCAAGGGCAGCUUCAGCUCGCCCGGCGACCUCAACUACCCGGCGAUCUCCGCCGUCUUCACCGAUCAGCCGGCCACCCCGCUGACGGUGCGCCGCACCGUGACGAACGUCGGCCCUCCGUCGUCGACGUACAAUGUCAAGGUCACCAAGUUCAAAGGCGCCGACGUCGUGGUCGAGCCGAGCACCCUGCACUUCAGCAGCACAAACCAGAAGCUCGCCUACAAGGUUAAGGUGAGGACCAAGGCCGCUCAGAAAACACCGGAGUACGGUGCCCUGUCAUGGAGCGACGGCGUUCACGUAGUCCGGAGCCCCCUGGUCCUCACAUGGCUGCCGCCGAUGUGAGCUUUUCCCCUAGUACUGUACCGUUGCUCUGCAUUAGUCAGAGGGUCCGGGGACAGAAGCAGCUGUGCCCUUGGUAAGCGAGGUUGAUGAAUCAGUUGCGUAGCAGCAGCCAGCAGCACAGGAGUAGCACUUGCCGGAAGGAAAAUGUUGUCAAGCUCCAACUGAAAACAAGCUUUAUUCCUCAAAUGUAUUCAUGCUUAUUCCAAAUGUUCAGUAAAUGGUUGAUUGUUUCUA